AGACGGCCCAAAAACUUCCCCUCCGCUCUUCUGUGGAGGAAACUGAACCAUCCCUCUGAGCUCAGCCCCCCAAAAACAGAGAGAGAGAGAGAGAGAAGCUCUCGACGACGCAAGUAGCAAAUCGGACACCCAUAUAAGGGAAGGGGGAGGCGAGAAGGGAAAGGCGGAAAAAGAAGAAGAAGAGGAAAGAGGAAGAAGAAGUGCAAGAAGCACGAGGAGAAGAGCAAGAGAAAAAGAAUAAGAAGAAAUGGCUUUGAAGCUCAACACCAACGGCCCAUUCCUCCAAUCCCAAAAGCUGUCAUCCUUUGCGCUCCCUCCAAUGGCCAACAACCUCAGCCUCAGAUCUCCCAAGUUCGUCAUGGCCUCCACUCUCCGCUCCGGGUCUAAAGAGGUUGAGAAUGGCAGGAAGCCGUUUAUGCCACCUCGAGAGGUGCACGUGCAAGUGACCCACUCAAUGCCUCCCCAGAAGAUAGAGAUCUUCAAAUCACUGGACGAAUGGGCCGAGCAGAACAUUUUGGUCCACCUAAAGCCUGUCGAGAAGUGCUGGCAACCCCAGGAUUUUCUUCCCGAUCCUUCCUCUGAGGGGUUCGAAGAGCAAGUAAAUGAACUGAGGGAGAGGGCAAAGGAAAUCCCUGAUGAUUAUUUCGUUGUAUUAGUUGGAGACAUGAUCACAGAGGAAGCACUUCCAACUUACCAGACGAUGCUUAACACUUUGGAUGGGGUUCGAGAUGAAACUGGUGCGAGCCUCACUUCUUGGGCUAUUUGGACUAGGGCAUGGACUGCAGAGGAGAACAGGCAUGGUGAUCUUCUCAACAAGUAUCUCUACCUUUCAGGAAGGGUAGACAUGAGGCAGAUUGAGAAGACAAUCCAGUAUUUGAUCGGAUCAGGAAUGGACCCACGUACAGAGAACAGCCCUUACCUUGGGUUCAUCUACACCUCGUUCCAAGAACGAGCAACUUUCGUCUCUCAUGGGAACACCGCGAGGCUCGCGAAGGAGCGUGGGGACUUGAAACUGGCCCAGUUAUGCGGGACCAUCGCCUCUGAUGAGAAGCGCCAUGAGACUGCCUACACCAAGAUAGUUGAGAAGCUCUUUGAGAUAGAUCCCAAUGGCACGGUCCUGGCCUUCGCCGAUAUGAUGAGGAAGAAGAUCUCGAUGCCUGCCCACCUGAUGUACGAUGGGAAGGACGACAACCUCUUCGAAAACUUCUCUGCUGUGGCGCAGAGGCUCGGGGUUUACACAGCCAGGGACUAUGCUGAUAUUCUCGAGUUCUUGGUGGGCCGAUGGAAGAUCGAGGAGUUGACCGGGCUCUCAGGAGAGGGGCAGAAGGCCCAAGAUUAUGUAUGUGGGCUGCCUCCGAGAAUCCGGAGGCUUGAGGAGAGAGCCCAAGGAAGGGCGAAGGAAGCACGAAAUAUUCCUUCAGCUGGAUUCACGACAGGCAAGUGACGAUCUAAGGUCGGUCUCAGUCCAUCUCUUUUCCAAGUACUUUACCUUCCGUUAUAUCUUACAGCCCGCAUGGUUAAAAACUUUAAAAUGUUCCCCAAAGAAGAAAGAGAUCAUUAGUGUUAUAUGAGAGGUAUUUGUAUGGGAGUGUCUUCUAAGCUGUGGUAUGUACGAUGUAGAUACAGUUUGUGUCUCUCUUUGUGGGUGUCAAGUUUAGAUAAUUGUCGGGAAGGGGUGAGCAAGCUGUAGUAGUCCUUUUCGGUCGAUGUCUUGCGUUUUCUAUCUUUCCUGCAAUGUUUUUGUUUCCAUUUGAAGUCUGCUUUGGCCCUUUGGGGACUUUGUGUUGAGUGUAACCAGAAAAAUUCUGUGCCAAUUUUGAUGAUGGGGACAUUCUCUGGUACUUCCCCUGUUUUAAAUCCGAGAAAUUCUUGUCUCAUA